AUGAACAGCAGUGCAGAGAAACAGGCAGCUGGCAAUGCAGACAUUGAUAACAGCCAGUCCACGAACCACCAGAGCGGCAGUAAUGGCACGAACCCUCCACCUCAACCACACCCGGUCGAGUCUCCAAAAGAACAGACAGAGGAAGAACCCUUCCGGUUGAACGCAUGGCCAUACGAGUCCCUCUCCCAUAUUCACGAACUAUGCUUCAUCAUCCUAAUAUGCUGCUCGCAACUCCUGACCCAAGCAGCCUUCGGCCAGACUCUCAUUCCCUACCAACCGCUCGCCAAAGGCCUCGGAGUCUCCAGCCCCGGCCAGCUUGCAUGGACGGUCGCCUCCUACAGCCUGACUGUCGGGACCUUUGUCCUUCCCGCGGGUCGUCUGGGAGACAUGUACGGCAGCAAACGCAUGCUGAUCAUCGGCUGGGUUUGGUUUGGGAUAUGGAGCAUCGUGGCUGGGCUGAGCGUGCUUGUUCCGCUCUCGAGGUCAGGUGGGAGUAGUGGGAGGGUUAUCAUGUUCUGUGUCAGUCAGGCGCUACGAGGCAUUGGCCCUGCGAUUCUACUUCCAAACGCCGUUGCGAUCAUCGGGAGGAGCUAUCCUAACGGUCAAAGGAAGAAUCUGGUAUUUGCGGGCUUUGCAAUGUGUGCACCCCUCGGAGCUUUCGUCGGCGCAGUGUUCGGAGGCAUCUUCGGACAGCUGGCGUGGUGGCCAUGGACAAUGUGGUCACUGGGUAUAGCAGCACUGGGUCUGGGUCUUGCUGCUACCUUCAUCAUACCGGCGGAUAAAGCAGAACAGAUCCAGCAAGAUCAGCACUUCGAUUUCGUAGGCGCAUUACUUGGGGUGGCUGGAUUGAUCCUUUUCAACGUCGCCUGGAACCAAGCAACGGUGGUGGGAUGGCCGGAAGCAUACGUGCCCGUCCUCCUCACACUCGGGAUCCUCAUCUUGGCCGCUUUCUUCCUCUGGGAAAGCCGUAUCGAACAGCCGCUCCUCCCGUCGUCCAUAUUUAAGCCCGGGACCGUGGUCAUCCUGCUCGUCACCUCCCUCGGCUGGCAGUCCUUUGGCGUCUUUACCUUUUACCUCGUGCAAUUCCUGACCAACAUACGUGGCACUACUCCAUUAGGGACCGUUGCGCAGCUGGCCACUAUUGCAAUUUCUGGAGGGGCGGCUGCGAUUGUCACCGGCCUCUCGAUCCGAUUCAUUCCUUCACACUGGCUCAUCACCAUCAGCGCUUCGGCGUUUACGGUUGGCAACAUCCUCCUGGCUACCAUGCCGGCACAUCAAACGUACUGGGCUCAAGCGUUCGUAGGCUUGCUAAUUAUCCCGUUUGGAAUGGACAUAUCCUUUCCAGCCGCCUCGCUCGUGCUCUCGGACAUGGUACCACCACAUCUCCAGGGCGUGGCAGCGAGCUUGGUCAACACCGUCAUCAACUACUCCAUCUCGAUCGGACUGGGCGUGGCUGGUACGGCUGAGCGAGAAGUCAGUCUGGGCGGGGCAACCUUGCUAGAGGGAUACCAUGUGGCCUUGUAUGUCGGUGUUGGGAUGGCUGGGGGAAGCUUGGUGAUUGCCGUGGGGUUCGCUUUGUACAUGCAGUUCGUUGGCAACAGGCGAGCUGCUGGAAAGCAAGAGUCGGAGUUAGAAUAG